GCUACAGAAUACAGAUCGACAUAACUUUGUUUUUCCAACCAGGGGAGCAAAAACAUUGUUGAGAAGAAAUGUUAAUAUAUAAUUAUUUAUUAUUUUUAUACGUAUCCUUGAAAAGAUGGAGAAAAACUCGAAGAAGAUACCGUAGAACGAGAAUUUGCAACGCAAGGCUGGUUGCAUGAACAAAGGCAGCCGCUGUCUGGUAACCGAGCAACGCAGGAAGUGUCACUGAUGAGUGGGAGUGACACGCAAACAGCCAAUCAGCGGUGGCCAUGUGGUCGUGGAGGGUCCAAAAUAAAAGAAGGAGGCGUGCAGUCUUUUGGCAGAGCGCGCUGAGAUACCGUGCAAGGAUGUCAUCAGUGUUUGAACCCGACAAUAACUCUUGUCUCAAAGUGCAACACCUUGUGCUGGGGCUGCCUGCCGGGCGUCAGCGUGUACCCGGCCCGACUCAGCGGAGGCAGCAGCAACAGCAAACACACAACGUGAAGCGCAGCGUCCGUCAUGGUCAUCUGCACGAUCACCCGGCCUGUGCACACCCUGACAUUUAUAGCAGGAGGCAAGCGUAUGUCCAUUGACAGGUCUGAUGGUUCUGGUGGCUGCCGGCCUCGCUGCGGGUCUCCUGGUGCUGCUUCUGCUGGUCCUGGUCAUGUUCUACCUGUGGAGGAGGGCGAGGGAUCGCAGUCGGUACCAGGAGCUGGACGCCGCCGUGCCCCCCGUCCCAGCAUGCACUGCUCAAGCCCUGCUGGUUUCUCAAGGCUCCUGGGUCAAGCCCGUCGAGAUCCCGUUCACGUUGCCUCCUCGCUUCACCACGCAAACCCGGAGCAGCCCGAAGACCGAGGAGAAGGUGGAGGAGAUGAAGACCGACAUUCUCGCCCAUCGAGGUUCUCUCUCAGUCCAAAGUUGGUACCCGGUGGGGACGCUGCUCGCCGGCUUGUACUCCAGCCCCGCUCUCAGCGAGGUGGUGGCGCCCCCGCCCGGCAUGGCCACCCGCCUCUGCUUCUCCGUGGAGUAUCGCCACCGCGGCGAGCAGCUGGCGGUCUCCCUGCUCCGCCUGGGUAACCUCCCGCCACGUUGCCACGGAAACGUCACCCUCGUUCAGCUCCGUCUGCUCCCGGACGACCGGCGGCCGCGCCAGGCCAAGGCCAGAUGCACGGGGCCCGACCCGGAGUUCCACGACUGCUUCCUGUUCCAGGUGUCGGGUGCGCGCGUGACCCGCGCCACCCUCAGCGUGUGCGUGCUGAGCGUGUCACAUGACAGCAAGCGCCAGGCGGUGGGCCGGGUGCUGUUCCCCCUGCAGGGAGAACUAGGCCAGGCUGGCAGGGUCCUCUGGAGGGACCUGGAGGCUGAAGACCACAACCACUGUUCAGAGUGGGGAGACGUGCUGGUGUCUCUGAGCUACAGUCCGUCUCUCCAGCGCCUCUCGGUGGAGGUGGUGAGGGCUCGAGGACUGCAGCUGGUCACGGACUCAGGCGUGUGCGUCCAGGUGACCUUGCAGAUCCACACCCAGGUGGUGAAGAGCAAGCGCAGCAGCGUGGUCAAGGCCGACCGCGACGCCAACUUGGACCACAAGAUGGCGUUCAAGCUGCGGGCCGAGCACGUGGACGAGGCCUGUCUGAGAUUUGUGGUGCAGCAGCCUAGCCACGCCCACUCAGAACCGUGGAUCCCACUGGGGGUUCUGGUGUUGGGCCCCUUCAUGUAUGCGAGAGGCCCUCAGCUGCAGCACUGGAUGGACAUGGUCAACACGGCGCAGGAGCCCGUCAAAGUCUGGCACGGACUGGGCAGGUCCACGUAAAUCAAUUAUGCUAAUCAAUAAAAAAAAAUAGAUUUAUACCAAAACUUCAAAAUAAAACGUGUCUUUGAACCUACCAAGAAGAAGGCUUGUUAAAACUCAGUUGUAUAGGAUGGGAAGCAACACGAAGGUGUUCUGUUUCUUUCCUGUAUUGUAAUCCAGAGAAAUAUAUUGUCUUGACCCAAGAACUACAAAGCGGAGAGGAAGCAGGACCUCUUCUUUGAACUCUUUUACGACCUUUUCUUUGAACUGUUCUGUAACCAAAGGCGACGGCUGUUUACGACCCCCCUCCCUUAGAAACAGCUGUUGCCAUGUAAUAAGGGGAAGUCCAAAUAAAAAAAGGAGGCGUACAAUCUUAAGUCAGAGCGUGCUGGGAGACUGUACAAGAGUACAGCCCAGACAUCUCUCCUCAAUUGAGCCAAAUGUAAUUCUGUC